UGGGAGAGGAAGCGACCAGUAUGGGUGAUGCUGAUGGUCAACUCCUUGACGGAGAGUGACAUCAGGAGCCGCGGAGUGCCAGUACUCGACCUCUACCUGGCCCAGGAGGCUGAGAGACUCACCAAGCGUACUGGUGCAGUGGAGCGAGUCGAGGAGCAGUGUGUUCCACUCAAUGGUCUUAACUUUUCUCAGGUGGUGUUCGCGUUGAAUCACACUCUCUCGCAACAAGAGAUACUGCGUGAGGGAGAGGGUCAUCUGACGUACACCACCGACCACCUCAUCACACACUACAACUGUGGUGAUCUGGACGCUGUUAUCUUCUCUCAAGACACCACACAGGUCCCUCACUUGGGUAACGCCUCGUUGCCGCCGCUAGAGGCCGCUACAGCUACCCACAUAGAUGAGUACUUCAGGGAGGAACUCAUCUACAGGAGGAACAAGAGGAUGGGUCGCCGGGUGGUGGAGAUACUCCGAGCCAAUCCUGACCAGAGCUUCUUCUUUGCCUUCGGCGCCGGUCACUUCUUGGGCAACCACACGGUGUUGGACGUGGUGCGCUCUGCUGGUCUGUCCGUGCAACACGUAGCUCCUGAGACCAGGAUAAAGAGACACAAGCGUCGACGCGGCCACCGGGGAGGGAUAGUGCCAGAACCGUCAGUGCUGAAGGACUUUAGAACUUCUAGUACCCUGGACGCUGAGCAACAGCACGACCCAGCCUUUGCCAAGUUCCUGUCGAAACAAGCGGCGGGGCACGGGGUUCACCGUGGGCUGCCUACCACCAGUGAACCCUCCAGGAAACAUGCCCAUUUUAAUGACCUCUGGGUCAGAAUAGAUCCACAGCCUCCAGAUGUGAGCAAUGCUAGGUGAUGGUAAAGAAGAGAAACACUCACCAUUGGACAUCAGCACUUAGGACUUCAGAGCACAUCAGUACCUGGCAGACAGGAGCACAGUGCACACUGGCACCAACAAAUUCUUCAUAAGAUGCAAAGCUACAAGGAAAAGUGUCGAUCAUUUAGGACAGAUAUUAACCCACAUUAUAAAACCAAACACAUGCAUUACUGAUACUUUACUAAAUAUUUAAUGCAAAUGAUGUUGCCUAAUAAAAACAAAGAAAUAAUCAUAAUAGAUUAUUAUCAGUAAUUAUUAUUAUAUCCAUUGAAAAAGUGCUAAACCUGUAUGGGUCGUACAGUGCCAAAAAAAAGAAGGCAGGGAAGAAGUGUAUGAAGGUAAGGUAUAUGUGAAAAGGGUGAAUCAAAGUUGGUGUGGUUGUACUAGAAAUGUGUGUAGAAAGCUAAAGAAUCUUAAUGUAUAAUUUUGGCUUAUAAAGCAGUUUUGUAGAGGAAGUGAGGUUUAUCUUGCUGGCAAAAAAUCACUCAGGCAUUAAUGUUUAUUAUUUUGCCACAAUUCAGUGAAAGAAUUAAAAGUGAACCCUUCAUUUAACAGACCUAAAUUUAACGAAUCUCCAUUUAGUGGACUUUGGAAAUAUGGGACAAAAUCCCCUGGGUCAGUAGAUUUGGAAAUGAUGGAUAAAGUCCUUUGGUCACAGUGUAUAUUAUUGUCACAUGGCAAAACAAACUUCUCUAUCAUUUUAUAAUGGUGACCUUAAUAUAUAGUGUAUGGAGAUGAGAAACUGUGUGUAAGCGAGUGACCAAGUAAUGUAUAUCAUCUUGUAAUGACUAUUUCAGGUGUAAAUACAAGCUCUGAUUUCCUAGUGACAGAGAAAGUACCAUUUUUCCUGCGGUUAUGAAGCCAGUGUUUUGUGUGGUAGGGAAUACUCAGUAUGUGGUAUAUAACAUGUCUUAAACCAGCAUUUGUGUGUGGUAGAGAACAUAUCCUACAUCAGCACUUUUGUGUGGUAGGUAACCAUUGCUACACUAGCACUUGUGUGGUAUGAAACUUUUGGUACACCAGCACAUGUGUGUGGUAGAGAAUACUUCCUACACCAGCACUUGUGUGUGGUAAGGAACACUUUCUACACUAGCACUUGUGUGUGGU